AGAGAUCCGAGCGCUGAGCCGGUGGCCUGUUGGACUUGGCUGUCAUUCCAUUCCGAAAGCAGAAUUCAGCUCAGCUGCUCAACCCGCUUUUUCCCACAGCCGGUAGAUCGAUUCUGGCUGAGCAACCACCAGGUGGGAGGGCAGGGGGGGGGGGUCAGUGCCUCUGUCAACCGGCUUCCUCCCCAGACGAAGAAAAUCACUUUCCACCUGUGGCAUCAGGACUUAGAAAGGGAUGGGCUGAAGGUUGAAAAAAAGGACGCCUGAGAACGGUUAUUUCAAACAGACGGAAACAUGCCGGCGAUCCAGAAGAGAAACCGGGUGAACAAAGAAAGGUCGAGCGUCCGCUGCGGGUCAAACAGCAGGAGGCAGUCCUAGAUGGCUCCGCAUCUUUCAAACCGUGAGCAGGCCUUCAAGGGAACCAAAAUGCACACCUGUCCAAAACUGCCUCUAUUGCUAUUAAAAAGUUCCUUAGUGAAUUCACGACGUGAAUUCACAGGCACUCAUCCUACUGAGGAUUAGCCUCUUCCCAUGUUCUCCAAGAAGUUCCGAAGAUUCUAACCGAUUCGGCCUUCGGAGGCUACAAACAUGAUCUCCGCAGAUCUCUUUGGAACCACGGCCCACCUGAACAGCCUGGCGCAGAAAUCCAGGUUUACAUAUUUCGCGGAGAAUCACACCACGGGAAUUUACGCAGGAACUGCCUCCCCGGCGCUGUGUAACGGCACCUACUUUGAACUCAACGGAUCCCGUUUUUGCAACGAGAGCUGGGCCCUCAACCUGGUCGACAGAUCCGAGCAUCAGCAGUACGUGAUCGGCCUUUUCUUAUCGUGCCUCUACACGAUAUUCCUCUUUCCCAUCGGCUUCGUGGGGAACAUCCUGAUCUUGGUGGUGAACAUCAGCUUUCGUGAGAAGAUGACCAUCCCCGACCUCUACUUCAUUAACCUCGCGGCGGCCGAUCUGAUCCUGGUGGUGGACUCCCUCAUCGAGGUGUUUAACCUCGACGAGAAGUACUACGACAUCACCGUCAUCUGCACGUUCAUGUCCUUGUUCCUCCAGAUCAACAUGUACAGCAGCAUCUUCUUCCUCACCUGGAUGAGCUUCGACAGGUACAUGGCCCUGGCCAAAGUCAUGAAGUCCAACCUGUUCCGCACCAUGGAGCACGCCAGGCUCAGCUGCGGCCUCAUCUGGCUGGGCUCCAUUUCGGCCGCCCUGGUGCCCUUCACGGCCGUCCACUUGCAACACUCGGGGGAGGUGCACUUCUGCUUCGCCGACGUGGCUGAAAUCCAGUGGUUAGAAAUCACGGUUGGGUUUAUCAUCCCCUUCGCCAUCAUCGGCCUCUGUUACUCGUUAAUUGCCCGAGUCCUGAUCAGCGCCCACAAGCACCGGAGUUUGCGCCUUCGCCGGCAGAAAGCUCUGCGCAUGAUUUUCGUGGUGGUCCUGGUUUUCUUCAUUUGCUGGCUGCCGGAAAACGUGUUUAUUAGCGUGCAGCUUCUCCAGAAGACCGAAGAGUCUUCAUCCAGAGGCCGUUCUUUCAGGCAUAACUAUCCCUUAACGGGGCACAUAGUCAAUCUGGCAGCCUUCUCCAACAGCUGCCUGAACCCGCUUAUCUACAGCUUCCUAGGGGAGACUUUCAGGGACAAACUGAAGCUGUAUAUUGAACAAAAGACCAAAGUCUCCAUGUUAAACCGCCUUUGCCACGCGACGCUGAAAUCGGUCAUUUCGGAGAGCGCCGAACAGUCAGAAGUUUAGCUUAGCCAUGAAUAGACUCUGCUCACUCCUGCUUCUUACUAACAGAAAAAGUGCAGGUUUUGUCCCACUUGCCAUGUUUUUACAAGAACGUGUAAAACGUGACUUAGGGACUGCUUUAGUUACGGAGGAGAAUGACAGCUUCACCCGAAGGUCAGUUACAUUUAUAUAGGCAAGGAAUCCGACAAUUACUUAUGGAAAAAUGUAACUAUAAUACGAUUCUUGAAUAUUGUUAUUCACCUGAUCUAUGUUAGAUGCCCUAGGAAAUAUAAUAAAACUGCAGCAACAUUGGGAAAAAUUCAAUAGAAGCUAUUGAUAUUAGGAGGCAGAGAAGUCAGUGGUUUUCCACUCCUAUAUAGAUCAUCUUGCAAACUCAGUUAAGGAAACAGCUACCGUGUUCAACACACGAUUCAAUCUCAGGCAGACGUAUUCUCUGACAUCAACUGAAUUAAGGGAAACAGGGAAGCAAUCUGGGUUUAGAGCCCUUCUCCUGCUGUCAUUUUCAAAACGGGUCAGCCAACGUGUUUUGGAUUUUCGGUGCGGAUGGGAAUCGGUUUGUAAACUAAGCACGGUACAUAAGGCACACAGAGUAACAGAUUUGGAUGGGACCUUAGAGGUCUUCUAGUCCAGCCCCCUGCUCAAGCAGGAAACCGUAUACCAUUUCAGACAGGUGGCUGUCCAGUCUCUUCUUAAAAACCUCCAGUGAUGGAGCACCCACAACUUCUGGUGGCAAGCUGUUCCACUGGUUAAUUGCUCUCACAACAAAAGGCCAGUACCAAACCCAGUGAUCUCCUCUGAGAUCUUUCAAAGUAUUCUUUAUGCAGCAUUAUGAGUUCCAGAGAUUCCCACAUAGCAAAUGCAUAUUCGAAUUGCUACCUUCCGGCUACUCUAUUGAAGAGCUGGGAUUUAGGAGAAAAGGGAAUCUUGGUGGAUCCUUGUCUAAAAAAACUCAUUGGUUCCUUAGGUCUUUGAGACCCAGAUUUCAACGUCCUCUUAUUUAUCACUGAGGGACUGCAAGGGUCGGACAGCAGCUACCAAAAUCCUUCUGUGUUAGGAGGGUUGUGAGAAUACAGACUUGUGAGCAUCUCCGGCAACGCUAGCACAACUGACAUUGCUGCCCUGCUGGUCCUCGGCCUGAGCGGAGGGUGCAGAUGGAUCUGAGGUUUUCAGAUUAUUCCUGCGUGGCAGGCUUCCUUCCAAGGUUCUUCUCCAGCGUGGGCUGCGGACUCUCAGUGCCUGUGCAUUAUGGGUCCUGCCUGCUGUCCUCGGCAUAGGCCUGGCUGGCAUGCUGAAAGAUAGGAGGCGUAAAGAGAGAAAGCUCAAAGGCUUGAUGGGCCAUCUGAAUCUUUAAAAAAAAUCACUAAAUGACGGGGGAGUCUCUUAUUUUUUCACGGCACUAAAUCCGCUAAGUACUGCAAGUCUAAACCUAAUUAAUAAUUUGGAGAUCUGAACAAAGUACGAUCAGGUAUGCAAUUUAUUAAAGCAGCUGCUGUUUCUUACAAGAAAAACACUCAGCUAAAGCUGGACUGAAACCUUAGGAAAAGUUUUACAAAGGGAAAAUAAAUACUUGGUGCAGAAUUAAGAGUCACUCUAUGUCCAUAUGAAAUAGCUGGGCAGCUCCCACUGUUACGAACCUCUC